AUGCCCGUGCCCGUCGCGUCCACGGCCGCCGUGGCGCCCUACUCCGUUCUACCGGUGGACAACCGGCAGCCUACCAAGCCUGCCAAGAGCCCCAAGACCGUGCACUUCGCCAGCACCAAAGAGCUCGAGACGCACAGACCGCACUUGGACUCGCACUACCCGACGCCGCCGAUGGCCCGGGCCGUGCCCCAAAACGGGUCCACCACACGUCGUUACACCAUCGACGAGGUAGAACUCUACUUCAGCGAAGACCGGCCCGAGUGCCCCGUGGGCUCCCGAGACUACGCCGUGCGGAAAGCCGCCAGACGCGAGCAUUUCGUGCUCUGCGGGUUCAUGGAGACCCGCCGGGUGAAAAUGGGCCUCACCACGUGGACCAAAUGCUGGGCGGAACUGUACCACGGCAUCCUGGUGCUGCGCAAGUAUAAAGACACCGUGCAACGCAAACGGUCCUUGGUGCCCGUCGCCUCCAGCAGACUCGAGUUCCUCGACUUUAAGCAGAAUGUCAUGCAAAUCGACUUCCUGUACCAGGGCAGGAGCGAGACCAGCAUCCUCCGCUUCCAGACCAAGCAGGACAUGUUCCUCUGGUGGUGGUCGAUCCAGGUGGCGGCCCGCGUGCCGAUGGAGCCGCAGCUGCUGCACAAGUGCAUGGGGCGAGCCACGCUGUCCCCGUUCCAGAUCAAGGAGGGCACGUACCAAGUGGACAACGUCCUGUUCCCCAAAUUUACGCAGCCAGAGCUUAACCCGCUCAACAAGAAGAUGGCAGCUCCUCGGGGGGUUACGCACCUCAUUUUCAUUCGGCACGGAGAGACCGAGAACAUUAAUUUCCGGGUUUGUGACCGAGACAAGAGACUCACCAAGCGUGGAGAAGAGCAAGCCCAGAUCACGGCGAAAUUCUUCAACAAGGUGUUUAAAGGACGCGGGAAUGGCCGCCCGAGUGUCACGUUGGUGUACGGAGGCUUGCGACGAACGGUGGAGACGGCCGCGGUGUUCGCCAAAGCCAUGCCGUGGAUCAGUAACAAGUACGAGUGCUGCUUCUUGGAGGACGGCGCGCCCAAGAACGUGGACAGUUUCCAGCGGUUCGACUACCGCGAGUCGAUGCACAAGAUGGCGUUCCAGAACAUUUGCCGGUGGGACGGAGACAACGAGCUGGUGCGGGGACCCAAGGGCGAGCUGGAGAACUUCAAGAUCAUCAUCGCGCACACCAGCUUUAUCCAGUAUUGUAUGGCGCAGUGCUACGAUGUGCCUAAGGAGAUCAUUCAGCUCGGAGCCCCCAUCAGCCACUGCAGCUUGACGCGGAUUGACGUGAGGCCGAACGAUGAGAUGACAGGCAAAUUCUCGAACCGAGUCUCGCACCUGCCGCUCACUCACCAGACCAGUGAGUAA